UGCGUUUUCAGUGACCAAGGCACAGGCGAUGACGAUUGGGGUGCUGCUUGCUCUUAUCAUGGCGCUUUCCAGCAUAACGUUAGCUGCAGCGGGGUUCAUCGAGUCCGGCAAGAUGAUUCUAUUGGCAACAUGCCCGCAGACCAACCACAGCGACGACGGCACUGCGCCAACCGUGUGCUUGCGAAAGGAGGCGACGGGUUCAAUCUUGACUGUGUCUCAGGAUGACCCCAACAGUCUUCGUUUGAACCACCACAACAUUUCCUCGAUCCAAGGGUUUCCAGCUCAUCCUCAUACCAUCGAUCUAUCGUCGAAUGGGCUUCGAUCAAUCAACGUGGCGUCCACAUCGCAGGUCAAAGUCAUGUCGUUGAACCUUCGCCACAACGAAAUCAAUGCCACCGGCGUCGUGAACCUGCCACCAACGCUCCAUUUCUUAGAUCUCGGCUACAAUGCCAUCAGCCGUAUGGAUGCAACGACUACGUUCAACUGGACUCGACUGCCACAACUGACCACUUUAAUCCUCACUGGAAACAACCUAACAACCAUCAACCGCCCAUCCUUUCCCACAUCCCUCACAACACUGGACCUAUCCGGCAACAACAUCACGAGCUUUAUCGUCGGGGCUCGGACGUGGGCUCAGCUCACUCGCCCGGGGGUUCGCCUCUUGCUGAGUAUGACCAGUGAAGGCAUGGAGACCGCGUCGUCGUGGUGCCCAAACUCGACAGCUUUUGCGAUCACCAGAGUCGUCACGGCCGAUGUGAAUGCGGUGGUGUGCAUUAUUUUCAGAGCAAAAGACAGACCAGCCGUGACCACCCUAGUGCCGGCAACCUCCCCCCCCAGCAUCACGAUGUUCUCGCUUCCACUGCUUGUCAUCAACGUCGUGGUUGGGCUGUUCGUGAUGCUCGUAGCGUCGUUCGUGGUUGUCAAGGUCAUGGAGCGGCAACAUGCCCGACUGGCACGGGCGCACGAAGCAGAAAGUGACACGUGUACGAGCUCAGGUGCGGAUGAUCUGCAAGCGUUCGAGUACCGACUAUCGCUGUCCCCCCACCGCACACGUUAACUGGCACGACGCGGCUGAUGCUGCCAGGCCAUUGUAUGACCAGCGAUCGGAUAAAUAAAUAAUUAUUUCUCGAU